GGCUCAUUUUUUUCUUGGACUGAAGGGGUGAUCUCUUUGUCUUUUUUCACUAAUUUAGUAAAAUAAAAUACUGCUAGGACUUAUAUUUUUUAUUUUGGAAGUAUUAAUAAUCCUGUACAUAUAUAUCUAUUGCAACUUACAAUUACCCUUAUUACAUUUAAAUAAUAAUAAAUAAGCCAUGAACCACGAUGACGCGAUGUGGAAUGUCAUGGGGCAGGGAUUUUGCUCAUUUAAGGUAAAAACUCAUGACGAUAAGGUACGCUUUUGUCGAAAUCCUUACAACAUAACCGGUUUAUGCCAGCGCGGUGUAUGCCCCUUGUCUAAUGGGCAGUAUGCUACCGUCAUCGAGCACGAGGAUGAGCUUUAUCUCUACAUCAAAACUGCUGAGCGUGUGCAUCUCCCACGGCGUCAAUGGGAGAAGAUUAAACUCGACAGCAGCUUCCCCAAGGCGCUUGAGCAAAUUGAUGAGGAGCUUCAAUGGUGGGAUCAAAAAUUAGUCAACAAAAUUAAGGCACGUUUGUUGCGUCUGAAGCAGUACCUAAUGCGUAAACGUAAGAUGAUGAUGGAGCCGGAGACGAAGUACGUUUCGGUGAACAAGCGGCAGGAGGAUAAACUUCUUCGUCGUGAGGAGAAGGCUGAGGCUGCUGCCCGUAUUGAGUUAGAGAUUGAAAAAGAGCUGCUAGAUCGUCUUCGUCAAGGCACGUACGACGGUGUCAUGAACACGAGCAAGGAGGCCUUUGAGAGAUUACUCGAUGAGGAGGAAGAUCGGGAGGACUUUGAGAAGUUAGAAGCAGGGGAGGAUGAGGAAUUCCCUGAGUUUGUGAUGGAUGAAGAGGAUGAUCUAGAUGAGGAAAUGGAGGAUGAACCAAGUACGUCUUCGCUUGUCAAAUCACGAAAGGUCAAGGGCAUGAGCGGUUCUAAUGGAAGUGUUAGUAGCGCUAGACGCCGCCGCGAGAAGCUGAUGAUUGAGGAAGAGGUGGAGCAGGAACCAAGGACGAUGAGGCGUUCACGGAUGGAAGAAAUGGAUUGGUAG